CGCUCAACCUCGCCUUUUCUCCCACUCAGGUCUGACCUGCAGAAAAUGUUUGCGACCGGAAGCGUGGAAAAUAUCCAGUUUCUUCCAUUUCUCACCACCGACGUAAACAAUCUGAGUUGGCUCAGCUACGGUUUCCUUAAGGGCGACUGGACGUUGAUCCUUGUUAACGCCGUGGGCGCGGCCCUGCAGUCAAUUUACAUCCUGGUCUAUUUCUUCUUCAGCUCCGAGAAGCGUGCCGUCUUGAAGAAAACGACAGCCCUGUUGGCGGUCCUUCUGUCCGGCUACAGCUAUUUUACCCUGAUGGUCCCCGAUCCCGCCACACGCCUUGCCCACCUGGGCCUGUUCUGUAGCCUCUUCACCAUCACCAUGUACCUUUCGCCGUUGGCAGAUCUGAUCAAGAUCGUGAAAAGCCGUUCGACCCGCUGCCUGUCCUUCCCGCUGACGGUCACCACCUUCCUGGCCUCGGCCAGCUGGACCUUCUACGGUCUCCUUCUGGAGGAUCUGUACAUCGCGAUUCCCAACGUGCCAGGCAUUGCCACCAGCCUUGUGCGUUUCUGGCUCUUCUGGCGUUUCCCUGCCGACCAGGACAAAUCUUACAAGCAGCUCCUCGCCUGAAGACUGGGGGGGAGGUACAAAAGGCUGGCCCCCCGCCCCACCAGCAAGGGAGGACGAAGACACUGAAAUCAGCGGAGGCCGGACUGCCCGGCUCUCUUGGCACACGGCCUGCCCGCCUCUCCUACCCACCUCUGGGCACCACGGCGGGGCAUUUCCAUCUGGAUGGGCCAAAGGCCCUUUUGGUCUCCGCGCACUCUGCCGUGGGAGGAGCGUGUGAAAAUUCCCUGGAAAACAGACCCAGGGCAAGACGGACUCGACUCCUGCGUUGGGAGGUUUGCAAACCAAAGGCUGGGGGACGUCGCGGGGCUUCCCCACCAGAGGGGGAAAAACAAAGCUGUUGGAAAAACACUGAGUG